AUGUCGAAUUUAUCAAAGUUUGAAUUUGUGGCACUUGACAUCUCUGGGAGUAACUAUUUGCCAUGGGUACUUGAUGCUAAAGGUCUUGGUGACACUAUUAAAGAAGGAAAUGAAGCAUCAAGUCAGGAUAAGGCGAAAUUCAUGAUUUUCCUUCACCAUCAUCUCGAUGAAGGGUUAAAAAGUGAAUAUUUAACCUUGAAAGAUCCAUUUCAACUAUGGACUGGUUUGAAAGAGGGAUAUGACUACCUAAAGGCCACGGUAUUGCCAAGAGCUCGUCGUGAGUGGAUGCACUUACGGCUACAAGAAUAUAAGAUCAUAUGUGAAUAUAAUUCUGCU